AUGCAGUCAACCCGGUUCCCUUGGGACUACCAGCCCUCGCAGGAUCUCCCCUUCUCCAGCGGCUCCUGGGUUUGCGCAGAAGGCUCCAACCUGCAGAUCGUCGCCCAUCAACAGCUUGUCAGCUAUUACCAGAGACACCCUCCCGCUCACCCAGAAGACGUAUUCGCCACCCUACGAAUCAACGUCGAACCAGCACAAACAACAGAGAACCUACAGUCACCUGUUAACGAACAACCGUUCGAGCUCCCGGACGUUCAGUACGUUCCCAUCGAGGCCCCAAAACUACCACCAGCUCCACCUGCACCAACCAACGCACCGGUUGAAGUUCCUAUGGCAACGUUCACUCAAGCAGACAUCGAUCAGUGCAUCGCUGUCGCCCUUGCAGCAUACCAAUCCCAACAGUCAACUGUCAACCGACCCCUUCGCCUUGACAUCCCCGCUCCCGAACCUUUCAGCGGAAAGGCAGAGGACCUCAGACGCUUCAUCCAAUGCGUCCUCUCCUACUUCGUCGCCACCAACAACACCAGACUUAGCGAUGAAGCAAAGAUCACCUUCACUGUAGUGUUGAUGAGGAAGGACCUAGGGAAGACAUGGGCAGACACAUACUACGAGAAGUUGGCAGGGGGAGUCCAGGUCUAUCCCGAUUGGGCAGCCUUCGCCACCACCCUCGAGGAAGCGUUUCCCGAGCAUGGAACGCGAAUCAAGGCACACCAAAUCCUGAUGAAACUGCCCGAACGACAAAAGAACAAGAAGACGGCACUCUCCCUUGGAAACUACGUCACCCGCUUCAAGCAGCUAGCGUCAAAAGCCCAGCUCAAGGACGCCGAAGUCAAUGGCAUCAACCACACCGAGAACGACUACCACACUCUCCACGCCAACUUUGUCAAAGGACUUCCAAAGGAGCUCUAUGUCUCUCUUGCAACCAGGGUCGCUAGGGACCAACCCAGCACCAUGAAAGCCUGGUACGACGAAGUCCGAAACGCCGACGCCGCCAAACAAGGGGCCCUCACCAUCACAGACACCAGGGACUAUGACGAGCCAAUGGAUAUCGACGCCGCUGCAGUCGCAGCGACCUUUGCCUCCACAUCGGGAGGAAGGAAGUGGGAACUAGGAGCAGUUCUCAAUGAGGCCGAUAUCAAAAGGCGACGCAGGGAGCAGUUGCACAGGACUAGCACUGAAGGACUGAAUGCCACAAGUGGGGCUGAAGUCGAAGGGAAAGCAUUCCCACGGCAGAACAAUAGAGAAAAGAACAAUAGAGUCCAAAAGGAGAACAAGGGCCACUUGGCCACAGGAACAAUGGAACAAAAGAAGUGUGGCCGGAGCUCUGGUCCGGUCCGAUUGCUCCGCAAUUGA